AUGGGGUGCUCAUUCUCCGGUUUAAACGCGCUCUACGACUCCGUCAACGGCGGAGGCGAUGCGUGGAUCAACGAGAACCGUUUCCGCAUCGUGCGCCAGCUCGGAGAAGGGGGCUUCGCCUACGUCUACCUCGUCAAGGAGCUUAUCAACGACUCUGCCGCCGGUGGCCUCGCCAAGAAGCUCAAACACUCCUCUCAUCUCUCCGAUGAUGGGACUUACGCUAUGAAAAAGGUCCUCAUUCAGAACAAUGAGCAGCUGGAGUUGGUCAGGGAGGAGAUCCGUAUUUCAUCAUUGUUUAAUCAUCCCAAUCUGCUCCCACUUCUUGAUCAUGCUAUUAUUUCUGUUAAGCCUACCCAAGAAACAUCUUGGAACCAUGAAGCUUACUUGCUAUUUCCAGUUCAUUUGGAUGGAACAUUGCUAGACAAUGCCAAUGUAAUGAAAUCCAGGAAGGAAUUCUAUUCCACCUCAGAUGUACUUCAAAUAUUCCGUCAGCUUUGUGCAGGACUUAAGCACAUGCACAGUUUUGAUCCUCCUUAUGCACAUAAUGAUGUCAAACCUGGUAAUGUUCUCAUAACACGCAGAAGAGGGCAACCACCUCUUGCCAUUCUGAUGGAUUUUGGCAGUGCUCGUCCUGCAAGGAAGCAAAUUACCAACAGAUCCGAGGCACUCCAAUUGCAGGAAUGGGCAUCCGAACACUGCUCUGCACCUUUCCGAGCUCCUGAGCUAUGGGAUUGUCCAAGCCAAGCUGAUAUAGAUGAGAGGACUGACAUUUGGUCACUAGGAUGCACAUUAUAUGCGAUAAUGUAUGGGGUAUCUCCAUUUGAAUAUGCACUUGGAGAGUCUGGUGGAAGCCUGCAAUUGGCUGUUGUAAAUGCUCAGAUCAAAUGGCCAGCUGGACCUAAGCCUCCAUAUCCGGAAGCUUUUCAUCAGUUUGUGUCGUGGAUGCUUCAGCCGGUUGCUAUGAGGCCCCGGAUAGAUGAUAUCAUUAUCCAUGUGGACAAGUUGAUUGCUAAGUUUUCCAAUUGA